AUGGGUCAUGUUUUCAUAAAGUCUUGGAAGUCCAGCUCCGAGGACAAGUUUCAGGCUGCUCAAAAGCAAUCCGCUUCAAAUACAGCAUAUAGAGGUGCUUCGGAUAACAGCGGCUGGAUUGGAAGCCAAUUCAUAGCUGAUGGUCGAGCAAUCGUAUGCGGAGCUUCCUCGACUCCCUUCGGAGAAGUCAAAUCACCCGGCGGUAGGUUCUUCUCUGAUGUUUCUGAAGCUGUUGCAAAAACGCUGACGGUGGAAGCCGGAGGCAAGGUCACUUUGGUCACUGCGAAUGAUCCUGGAAAAGGGUUUCCACAUCCUAAAGGUCAUAUUCAGGCUUACUUAGGUUACUGUGGAAAAUCUCCUACAGCCUGUCAAAAUUUCGACGCUUCAUCCACAACUUAUUUCAAGAUUCAAGAAUCAAAGAAUGCAGUUCAAGACAAAUUGCGUCCAGCCAUGAACUACGAUCUUGACGGAAAUGUAUGGGAAGUACCAAUUCCUGCGGAGGUACCUCAAGGCAGUUAUAUUUUCAGAUUCGAGAUAAUUGCCUUUGGUCAAUCAAAUGCAGCAGAAGGACAUCAAGACCAAUAUUACCCUUCUUGUGGUCAGCUAUAUGUGAAAUCGAAUCAAGAGGCAGAUUCUUCCGCCGUAUUACAAGGAGUCAAGUUCCCUGGCACCUAUACCAAUGGGAACAUUCAGGAGGAUACUAUACCUGGCCCCUCACUGAUGCAGAAAUCCAAUGAUAAUCAAUCCACCGUAUCCGUCAAGACCACUGUCAACUCAAAAGAGUCUGAUGUUGAUAAAUCUACUGAUGUUUCUCCAGAAGUCGAAAAGCCAGAUUUCGAACCAUUCGCCGCUAUUGGAUUACCUGACUCCUCACCGUCUUGCGCAAAAAAGUGUCUCACAAAAAAAUAUGAAGAAAUCAAUCAGCUAGCCGCUGGCUGUGCCGCAAGCGAAGGAAGAUGCUUAUGUUCUAAGAAAACAUUUGUAGAAGCCUACAAGACUUGUGCUCGGGACCACUGCGAGCCUGGAGAGACAUAUAACAACCCUCCAAACUUGUCAAUUACGGGCGUCAACAAUAAGUCAUCUCAAAAAUACCCCGAUCUAUGCAUCUUGAAACAACAUCACCCUUUCAAUAUGGAUGCGAUGGUAGGCCCUGAAUGCAUGGGUUUCACAAGAGAUGCCUCCGACGAAGAGAUAGAUCUCCCUGUGAUUAUAUUUGGGUUACUCAGCUAG